AUGCGCGUUCUUGCUGUAGCCUUUCAACGCAAGGAAACCACUCGAGACCUGGUAGAUAUGGAUCUUUGCAUUGUCCGAGCUCUCUACCGCGCCAGAGACACUGCAACCGACCACAAGAUCUUUGGUGCUAUCAGCACAAUCGUCUCACGUUUUCGUCGGGAGAACCUGCCUCUUACACGCUAUCUCUUAGCUGUUGGCAUCAAGUUUGCUGCUCGGACACGUAGCCUGCCCGGCAUGAAGAGGUAUCUAAAACUUCAUAAGGAACUGGGCUUUCCCAUUGCGAAAACCUUGUUCAGAGCAAUCAUUGCAAAAUGCAGUGUUGGAGUUCAUGGCUAUGGUGAGAUCCGUAAUGGGAGAUGGUCACGUCGUGAUCUGCUGCAAGUUCUUCUCGGAUUCGAGGAUACUCCUCCGGAAGACGAACAUCACCUGGGUCUAUUCCUUGACAGAACCGAAUGGACUCAGUUGUAUGGAUGGCUUGUUGUCUUGUCCCGCUGCAAAGCAUCCGAUGAGCUCUGGAAAGAGUGGUUGCUGUGGCAGGAUAACCCCUUGCGUCUCAAAACAGGCAGAGUGUCAUCCCAGUUCAGCGAAAACAAGCUCAGAGGCGAUUACUCAUUCAUUGAGAUGAUAGCCGAUGCAGGAGACACCCGUCGAGCCUGGGAUAUGCUCGGCAACAGCGGAAUUGCCUUCAAGGAUUGUCGGACUCGACUGAGGCGUUCACUGCUUCGCGAUAUCGAGUAUGCAACUGUUUGGGACGACCAAAUUCCUGUCGACUUGCUCGCACAGUAUGAUUUCGAGUUGAAAAAAGUGGAGAAUGCGUUAGGCGUGGAGUGGAUCAGUCUCGGUGACGAUCAGGGCUACCACAAACCUACGGAAACGAUGAAGCAAUCGCUCGAAGCGCUCUCGUCGCCAUUCUUCAAACUAGAGCCGGACUUUGGUUAUCCUCACGACCUCACUCCAGAAGAAAUCAAGAAACAGUACGAUGAAAUGAUGUUGCAUGUCGAAGAUAUGUCGAUUUAUCUUCCAAAAACUACUCGCAACUCCACAAAGUGCAAAGACGGCACAACCUCCUCACGACGCAUACAUAGCAUAACAUAG